CUGGCGAGUAGGCGGGACGCUCGCUCCGCUGUAGUUCCGUCAUCUCGCUCGUCUCCGAGGCUACAGGGGGCCAAUGUUGAUUUGGGUGAACACCCGUCGUUGUCGGACCCUGCCGAGGUUUUAUUUUUAAAAGCUGGGUUCGGUACCGGAAAGGGGGAGGCUUUCGAUUGAGAAUAUUGCAUCCCCGCCGUCGGUAUCGCUGUUUUUUGGGCUGGGGGAGAGGUGGGGAGCCGGGGGGGCCUCGCUCGGAGGGGGCUGCAAGGAGGGACAGGAGAAGACUGGAUCCUCCGCGUUCAGGCCAUCCGCGCCGCGGUCGGCCUGGUAGUCCAGUGAAGCCCCAGCGACCGAGAUACCACAACGACAGCUCCCCGUGGAUUUAAGCUCGAUAUCGGUCGCCGGUUGUUGACCGUGGAGGGAGAGAGCCCGCUGCACUACCCUGUCUCGCCGUGGCAACGCAUCAGCAGCUGUCAGGCUAUUAAAGAUCAAGACCUCGGAGUUAACGCUUGGUAACUGUUACAACUGGAUUUAGGAAAUACCGCUCAGCCCUAAUCGAGCUAAGACCGGCUUGAGGAGGCUGCAGGGCGGCCAGAAAGCCACGGAUCGCCCGUUGACAAGUUGUCAUCAUGGGCAACGCGCCCACGGCCAGGAAGGGCAGUGAGAUGGAAAGCGUCAAGGAGUUCCUUGCUAAAGCCAAAGAGGACUUUCUCAAGAAGUGGGAGAACCCCGCACAGAACACUGCUGGCCUGGAGCAGUUUGAGAGGUUGAAAACCCUGGGCACGGGCUCGUUUGGCCGUGUGAUGCUGGUGAGGCACAGAGAAACGGGACAGCAUUAUGCCAUGAAGAUCCUCAACAAGCAGAAGGUAGUGAAGCUCAAGCAGAUAGAGCACACUCUGAAUGAGAAGAGGAUUCUUCAGGCUGUCAGCUUUCCUUUUCUGGUGCGGUUAGAGUACUCGUUCAAGGACAACACUAACCUCUACAUGGUGAUGGAAUAUGUACCGGGUGGAGAGAUGUUCUCCCAUCUACGGAGAAUUGGCAGAUUUAGUGAGCCUCACGCUCGGUUCUACGCUGCUCAGAUCGUGCUGACCUUUGAGUACCUGCAUGCUUUGGACCUUAUCUACAGAGACCUGAAACCUGAAAACCUGCUCAUAGACCAACAGGGCUACAUACAGGUGACAGAUUUUGGCUUUGCCAAACGUGUAAAGGGCCGGACCUGGACACUGUGUGGCACCCCAGAAUAUCUAGCCCCAGAGAUUAUUCUCAGCAAGGGGUAUAACAAGGCAGUAGACUGGUGGGCGCUGGGCGUACUGGUCUAUGAGAUGGCAGCAGGGUACCCGCCUUUCUUUGCUGACCAGCCCAUUCAGAUCUAUGAAAAGAUUGUAUCGGGGAAGGUGCGUUUCCCAUCUCACUUCAGUUCAGACCUGAAGGACCUCCUGAGGAACCUGCUACAGGUGGAUCUCACAAAACGCUACGGGAACCUCAAGAACGGUGUCAACGACAUCAAGGGACACAAGUGGUUUGCAACCACCGACUGGAUUGCCAUCUACCAGAAAAAGGUGGAAGCUCCCUUCGUCCCAAAGUUCAAAGGACCAGGCGACACCAGCAACUUUGACGACUACGAGGAGGAGGAGAUCCGUGUCUCCUUCACUGAGAAAUGUGCCAAGGAGUUUGCAGAGUUCUAGAGUUAGAGAGCGAGAGAGGAAGAAAGAAGGAAGUAGGGAGAGUCAAAGGUAGGCUGGUCAAGUGGGAGACGUAAGGAGAGAGUACUGUCUCCUGUCCAAUCACAAGCACCAGCUACAAAAAGAGGGAAAAUGGGAUAGAGAAGGGGAAAAAGAGUAAGGAGAGUGAUAACCAGCAGUGUUGCCUUUUCUGUUGUAUUUAUUUAUUAUUCUGUCUUAUUUAUGGAUCCCUUUAUAAUGAACGUGUGCUUCAGAUUCAUGGCUGUUGGGAACCCCCCACUUAUUCUCACCCAAGAUCUUCCCUGCUCGUUUCAAUUUUCAUUCAUCAUUUAGUCACUUUCGGGCCACAUCAUAGAGCAGUCAGUCAGCCUGUUGUAAUUCAGUGCAAUCUGUUGGUCAUUACAUGAAGCCUGUUGAGUCAUACAAGCUGAGGUCUCAAUCUGCACAAUAAGUCUCUUAAAUUUAAAUUGAACAACCGGCUAACUUGAUCUCCCUGGUGAGCAGGAGGAGCAUUAAAGUGAAUCACACAUAAGCACUUAAAUAACUUUUAUGUUUUGUGGUCUCAACUUUAGUUUUCCUUAAAUAUAUUUACCGUUUCAUAUCGGAGACAGAAUACUUUGAGUCACUGGCAUGAUUGGCCAAAAAACAAAAGUGAUGCGUUGUGUGUUUAAACAGAUGACACUUAAGGAGGAAAAGUCAGUUAAGUUUACAGCUAAGUAACUCCAUCUACACUUCUUGUCAUUGUUAGCAUAGCCAGGCUUCAUGCAUAUCUACAACACUCAAUUUUUAAAUGUUCCAAGAUAUUAGUGGCUCCAGUGAUAUCAUGUCACGCUAACAAACAGUGUGGAUAAGGGAACGGAAAUAUCUCAGUUUUAAUGGUGUCGUGAAGGAACACCAUAACAUAAUGGUCUCUCAGGUUUGAACAUAUCACUUAUUAGACAUUUUAUCAGCAUAAAGCGUUAGGAUUAGCAUGUAACGAUAAUGUGUGAGAUACUUGCUUACGAUAUAGAUUUGGGAAUUUAAAGUUCUGGUUAGCACUAAGAGGAACAUUAGGGAAUAUUAAGUCGUUUGGUUAGCGUAUUCCACAGUUUCCCGUUCCAGAAGAUUUGGUUUGGCUAACGCGACAACUCUGGACAACUCCAGCUACAAGAGACCAUCUGAGGCAGACUACCUCAAACUGCCUCUGGCUGGCAGUCACCAGAGCACUUUGACCAGUCAUUGAGGGCGGUCUGCAUAGCGUGCUUGGUGUCUUUUAUAGAAACCUGUGUCUGUGUUCAUCUCCCGAGAACCCGGGCCUCUCCUCUUAUCACUGGCAAAGUUGGAUCACCAUGUGACAGUCUUACAUGUGACAGCAACUCUAUUCCCAUCUCUGUGAUGCACAGUUUUUGUUUAGUCUAGUUUUUUCAUGUGGUGAUGAUGUAAAGAUGGCGGGCCCUCCAUUGAACAAGUGAGGAAAAGGUACUGAGAAGUGACACAAAUGAUCAUAGUGGUAUACAGGCUGCCUAUUUAAAGUACACAACACCUUGGGCACUUAAUGCCUCCCUAGCUCCUGAGCUAUGCUGGCAAAGUAUUUAAGCAAUGCCCAAAAUGGUGGCUAUUACUGGAUUGGGUCAUUUCGAUUGUAUCAAUUAAAACAAAGUGACACUAGUGUUUUAAACAUUCAAAUGCCGUCUUCAUAGCUGUAUUUUAAUGUGCCACGAUAAUGACUGUGAUAUUGUGAUUUGGUUCAUUCAGGCGCUCCCUUUUUCUCAGUCCAGAUAUGGGAAAAUACAACAAGCCUUUUUUUCAGAAUAACACAUUUGUACAAUCAUAUCAGUCACUUGGAAUUAUAUUUAAAAUGACCUGUACCAUUGAGAAAUUUUCAAGGUGGGCAGUUUCAGAUCACUUUUAGGUCUAUGUAGCCCAGUGUCCAUGGCCAGGCCCCCUAUUAACCCACCUCACCCUCCCACUCUGUACGUUGUGAACAGUAUCACUAUGCUGGAAUAUUACAUGGCCCCAGGUUUACUGUGUGGUAAUUUGAUUUAAACACAAAUUAAUUUAGGGAUAUGCAGCAUGUAAGCACAGUAUCAACUGAAUUAAUGAAGGUCUUAAAGGGCCACUCCAGUGAUUCAGUAUUGCACUUCCAUAAAACUUGCAAGAGACUUGCAGCCUCGGCUGAAUAACGUUCACGUCAUAUGGGAUGGAUGGAGACGAAGAAGAUUCCCAUGUUAACGACUUGCGAGCAUCUGACAACUCAAGAAGGCUGUACGAUAACUGAGUUGGCUGUUUUAGGGUUUAAAAUACUGUGUAUUGACAAAAUUACAUUAUAUUCAUUACAUUUGGGUUUAAUUACAUUGAAUGACGUGAGGCGUCCUUGUUUGCUUGGUUUUCAGGCACUUUUGUAUUAUUAAAUGCCAUGUCGGAUAUGUUGGAUGCUUUCAGGAAAGAAAAAAAAAAGAUAUAUAUCCCUUUCAUGUUCAGUGCUCAGAUUUCACUUGUUUCUUGUUGAGAGAGGUGAAACAGCAGAAAAACUCAACAUUUCAUUGAUCAACCUGAAGUCAAAAUCAUAUUGGCAGAUAGAUGGUGGUAAGAGCUGCAAGGUGGAUACACUCCUACUUGUAGUUAUCAGCUGGCUUAUCAGUUAUUAUGGACUUAUUUACCAACCUUUUAUUAUUAUUAUUGUUAUUAUUAUUAUUAUUAUUAUUAUUAUGUCAUUGUUGUAAACCACUUGUUGAGACUUCACAUUCGCUGUAUUUCCUCCAUGUCAAGUUUAAUGUUGACUAUAUGAUCAUGGACAAUGUUUGAAGUUAUAAUACAAUAUUAUUCCGUG